GGAUGCGAGAUCGAAUUCGAGAUCCGUCAAUUACACGGCUGUCGCUCUCGCACGGAGUCGCACGGCAGACUUUCUAAUGUUCCAUGAUCUUAAUUAAAUACAGAAAUUAUUAGAUAAAUAUCAAAGUUUAGUAGUGCGAUUAAAAAGAAUAAUAUUGUAGCAGUGUCAAUUUCAAAGUAUGAUAACAGAUUUCUGCAUAUUGUCGAAAAUUUAUAUUUUUGAUGUUUCAUGUUUGUUUUCUUUUGUGAUCGUAAAGCCCAUGGCACAUAGAAAAACGUAAAGCACUAAGCAAUUCGGCCAAUCACAGUAGAAAACGUAAGGCAAUAAUCUUACACGUUUUCUACUGUGACUGGCCAGUUUAUUUACUGCUUACGUCUUAUUGUUUUUCUAUGUACCAUGGGCUUGAGACUUGUCGAGUUGACCGCGAGCAUGACUCUUGUCUAGGUGAUCGCGAGGUAUCCGCGAUCGAGGAGAUCGCAAUUAAAGUAAUUUGAAAUGAGCAAAACGUAACAUGGAGUCAGAAAACGAGAAACCGUCAGAUGUGGAUAUGGUGCUACACGUCGUCGACGAGGCGCAGAAAGAAAAAAUGUUCAUCAACAUGAAGGGCGUAGAACAGAUAGCAUUGGAGGUGAUGACUUAUAUCGUUCGCAAUAUCGAAAAUUUCAAUUUCGGUGAGGUCGCUCUUAACUACGUGCGAUUGUCAUCCGAAUAUCAUCCCGAAAGGUACGACAGCAGAGCGGCGGAUUGGCUAUUCGUGUUGAACACAUUGAAUUUUUCAACCUGGGUUCCAAAUAAUGCACAGGAAUGGAAAGUUAACGGAUUAACUGGUUACAUGGCAGUAGCGGCUGCUAUUAAAAGGGCUAUUGACGAUGGAAAGCCAAUAUGGGAUCCUAAGUUUUAUACAAAGCUAACUGUAGACGAAAUGAAAUUCAUUUUCCGAGGUGAUGACAACAAUGACAUGCCAGGCACACAUGAAAAAUUAAAAAUUUUACACGCAGUUGGAAAUACUCUGUUAGAUUGUUAUAAAGGUACUUUCGCGGAAUGUAUCAAAUCAUGUAAUCGCGAUGCCUUAAUGUUGAUGAUCACAAUUCACAAUAACUUCGGAGUGUAUCGUGACGUGGUAUAUUAUGACGAAGAGUCAGUUUCAUUGUACACGAAGGCUUGGACAUUGGUAGCUGACAUAAGGGCCUUCUAUAGCACGGAACAUGAACUUGGUAUUGAAUUGACCAUGAGGAAAUGUUCUACAAUGUUUGUCGAUUAUCGUAUUCCUCAAGUUCUCAAUCAUUUUAACGCUCUUGUUUUUAAAAAAAAUUUGUUGAAAGAAGAGAAUGAAAUAUUGAAGCAUGGAAGCAAAGAGGAACUAGAAAUACGUUGUUGUUCAUGCAUGAUAAUAAAAUACGUGCAACAGUUACUGAUGGAGAGGUGCGAAAAGUACGUGAAAAGAUAUUUACCCGAAACACUAUUACCAAAAUUCGAUUACAUGUGUCUGAUUGACAAUUUUCUAUGGGAUUAUCGACAAAUGUACGAUGAGCAAUUGAAAAAAAGCGUAUUAUACAAAACCUACACUCUGCAAUAUUAAAACAAUUUGUAUGAUCACAAAUUCGAAUGAAUAUUUUUCCUCACGUUUUAUUCAUUUAUGUCAUGACAUAUUUUUAAAAUAAUAGAGAAGAAAUGUAACAAGGUUGAUUUUGAUUUCAUAUCUCUCGAUUGAGACUGAUUUAAAAAAAAAAGAUUCUGAUAUGAAAGAAAUUAUUCGUAGACAAACAUUUAAUCGACAAUUGUAUUAUUAUUAUAGAUACAUAUUAUUUUUCCUAAUAUAUUAUUACUUAGUACGUUAUUGUAAAUAUAAUGGUACGAAUUCAAAACGCGCCGUUAUCGAUAAGUGCGCACUUUAAUCUCUGAAUUUGUAUAACAUACGUAAAGUAAAUUAUAGUAUGUUAGAACUCUAACAUCGUUUAAUUGCCAGCGCGUUCUGAAUACCAGCCAAUAAUUAUAUGUAAUUCAAAAUUUUCAAAUUUUAAUUCUUUUGUUCUAAUUUCUAUAAAAUCUUGUAUAAAAAAUUUUAAUAUUAAUUUUUAUGCUUGUUACGCAUCACAGCAAAUGUGGACAAUGCAUCCUUCCGAUUCGAAAUCAAAGUGUCCUUAUUUUCAAUUGUAUGAUUAAUUAAAAUUUAAUUUUAACAGCAAAA